AUGAGCCAAGCGAAACUGACGAGGACUCAAUCGUCGUUGCUCAGAUCAUCUCCGACGAUUCGAUCGUCGAUUCACAGCCUUUCUUCAAUCACCGAAUGCGAUUUUAACGAAGCCUCUCACCACCGGAAUCAGGAUCUGGAAGCUGGUGAGAAAGAGGAGAAGCAGAGGAGAAGAAAACGGUCUAAAUCAGCCGGGUCAAUUAAUCGAACCGGGUCAACCCGAAUUAAACCGGGUCUCACCUUCACACUCGCUUCCCUCUCUUUCCUCAGCGCCUCGUCUUUCCUAUUCUUCUUCGUCUUCUCUCAAACCAAUGAGAUUCUCACGUCCGAGAAUCUGCUACUAGGUUUGAUCUUCGUCGCCGUCGCUCUGUUCUUCGCGUCGCGAAACAUGGCGGUUAUCAGCCAAACCGUAAUCGCAAUCAAACAGAUUCACGAAGAAACAAGUAAAAAGUUCCGAACCAAGCACAAGCCGAAGCCGGUUCAAUGGUACAUCGGCGAUACGAAUCCGGAACCGAUCAAAGCCCAGAGAGAAGAAGAAGAGGAAGAAGAAAAGAGACUUGUCGUCAAAGAAGGAGUACAGUUCUUCAGCAAUGGAGAUUUCUACGAAGGGGAGUUUCACAGAGGAAGAUGCAACGGAAGUGGAGUUUACUACUACUUCGUUAACGGAAGAUACGAAGGAGACUGGAUCAAUGGAAGAUACGAUGGCUAUGGAAUCGAGUGUUGGUCUAAAGGAAGUAAGUACAAAGGACAGUACAAGCAAGGACUGAGACAUGGUUAUGGAGUUUACUGGUUUUACACCGGAGAUUCUUACUCCGGCGAAUGGUUCAACGGUCAAAGCCAUGGCUGUGGUGUUCAAACCUGCGCUGAUGGAAGCUCUUAUGUCGGAGAAUUCAAAUUUGGUGUCAAACAUGGACUUGGAUCUUACCAUUUCAGAAAUGGAGAUAAGUACGCAGGAGAGUAUUUUGGAGACAAGAUUCAUGGAUUUGGUGUUUACAAUUUCGCUAAUGGUCACUUUUACGAAGGAGCUUGGCACGAAGGUCGUAAGCAAGGCUAUGGCACGUAUGGUUUCAGGAACAGUGAUACCAAAUGUGGUGAAUGGGAUGAUGGUAAUCUCUUAAACCGGCUUCAUCCAGAAACCGACCCGGUUCAUAGAGCGGUUCAGAGCGCUCGAGAGAUGGCGAGAAAAGGAGUAAAUCAGAGACGAGUCGAUGAGCAGGUGAUACGAGCGGUUGCUGCGGCUAACAAAGCCGCGACCGCUGCGAGAGUCGCAGCUGUGAAAGCCGUUCAAAAUCAGAUGGACGGUAAACUUUGUGAAAGUUGA